CUCUGCCCGGCUCCUGACACACCGGCCAGCAGUGCAGGUCCGGUGAGCGCGGGGAGGCCGCCCUCAGGGUAACGUGGGGAGCCAGCCGGCCGGCCGGACAGUGCGCGUGCACACACUAUCUGCGGCGGUGUGCUGACAAGCCAAUUGAGGGGACUCCAUCUUACAAAACGCGCUUCAUGUCGCCGCCAUUCCACUGCCUAACCCGGGGAGGGCAGGCACGGCGGGGAGCAGUCCCGAAGGAGGCUGGCGCCAGGCCAAGCGCCGGGCUUUGACGGCUGGAACCGUGGAGUAAAGUCUUUGGGCCGCGCAUGCGCGAUGCUUCGCCCUGCCCCACCUCUCGGUCGCGGAUUGGCGGGCGCGGGUCACGUGAUCACACCACCCGCUUCCUCGCCGCAGGGGGCCCGCCCGCUGGCCCGUUUCCGGUCCGGUGGGUACAAGAUGACGGAGCCGGGCGCCUCUCCCGAGGACCCUUGGGUCAAGGUGGAGUAUGCCUACAGCGACAACAGCCUGGACCCCGGGCUUUUUGUAGAAAGCACCCGCAAGGGGAGUGUAGUGUCCAGAGCUAAUAGCAUCGGUUCCACCAGUGCCUCUUCUGUCCCCAACACAGAUGACGAGGACAGUGAUUACCACCAGGAGGCCUACAAGGAGUCCUACAAAGACCGGCGGCGGCGCGCACACACUCAGGCUGAGCAGAAGAGGAGGGACGCCAUCAAGAGAGGCUAUGAUGACCUUCAGACCAUCGUCCCCACUUGCCAGCAGCAGGACUUCUCCAUUGGCUCCCAAAAGCUCAGCAAAGCCAUCGUUCUACAAAAGACCAUUGACUACAUUCAGUUUUUGCACAAGGAGAAGAAAAAGCAGGAGGAGGAGGUGUCCACGUUACGCAAGGAUGUCACGGCCCUAAAGAUCAUGAAAGUGAACUAUGAGCAGAUUGUGAAGGCACACCAGGACAACCCCCAUGAAGGGGAGGACCAGGUCUCUGACCAGGUCAAGUUCAACGUGUUUCAAGGCAUCAUGGAUUCCCUGUUCCAGUCCUUCAAUGCCUCCAUCUCAGUGGCCAGCUUCCAGGAGCUGUCAGCGUGUGUCUUCAGCUGGAUUGAGGAGCACUGUAAGCCUCAGACCCUGCGGGAGAUUGUGAUUGGCGUCCUGCACCAAUUGAAAAACCAGCUUUACUGACCGGUUCUUGGAAAUCUGCAGAACAGCCAACAAGAGGCCCUUGAAUCUCUACUUGGCCACUGAACUGCUGGGCCCGGGAGACUGGACUACAACACCUCACACUGGUCAGCUGGUUUCUAUUUGGUGUUUGGUUUGCCCAGCCCCAUUUUAUCUUCAGCGGAGCUGCGGUGUUUGUUUUGUGAAAGCUUCUGAUUAAUUUAUUAUAUUGACGAUAAAACUCAAACCUACUCAGCCUUCCCCCCACUCCAUGGAAGUCCUUGGGAUGGGAGUCUGCUCUGGACACCCCAAAGAGCUCCUGCCCUCUCAGCCCUUUCUUCAAGCCUCAGAUUUCUGCUCAUGAUCUACAUAGAUUUGGAAACUGUUUUCCUCUGUUUUGGUCUCUUGGGCAACAUUUGGCCCAAGUUUGGGCAUUUUGGCAGUAGCUGUAUGGGAGAAAAAGAGUAAGAGGAAAUAUUCCCACAGCCAUGAAGGGUGAAAGGGCACCUUGUGCCUAGACUAGGGCUGCCUGGUCAGUCCCAGGUGAGGCCAAGGGCUUUCUGGCCGUCUCAGGGAGGGGCCACCAGGUUCCUCCCCUCACCCCAUAUUCCAUCACCUUCCUCCUCUGCUCUGGGUGGUAAGGGAAGCCCUCCCGGUUCCCACAGGCUGUGAUGCUGCACGGCAGAGGCAGGUAUAACACAGCACUACAUAUUGGAAAUUUUUUAUUUUUCUAAAUACCAAUGCAGUUUUGCUACGGUUACAAUUUUGAAAUAUUAACUGAGCCUCAAAAUCACCCUUUCUGUCAAGCAUAUCUUGGCCUCUCCCAUGUCUCAGUGUUGCCUGCAUUUCUCCCAGGACUUGGGGGUGGGGUGAAAAGCGUACAAAAGAUACUUAAAAGGGCUCCUGGGGUACACAAGCCCAGCAGGUCCUGAGUGAAGCAGUGGGCCCUCCAAAUGCUCGUUUUGUAGUAACCUCUCUCUACCCUAGUUCUCCAAAUUCACUUCUGCCUCCCUCAGGUUUGAUAUCUGGCAGGUUUGACUAUCCAGAGGAAAUUAAAUAUUUUUAUAUAAAAUUAAAUUAUAAUAAAUAUUGCCAAAUGCUUUCCUUUA